CCGAACUCCAAACCAAACGCUCCAGCCCCGCCGCACGCAUACGGCAUACGCAUCCCUCAUCUCCCUCUCCUCGCCUUCCCGCCGCGGCGCCGCCUCUCCUUUCCGAAUUCCGACUCCCGCCUCCCCGGGGUGAGUGUUUCCGCAUCCGGCUCGUCCGCCGAUCCUCGCGAGGCCUCCUCGACCCCGACCCGACCCGGCGCGGCCACCGGUUCAAGUCAUUCACAAAAAAACAUGGGUCAUGAUGAAGCUGUAGUUACUCAGAAUUCAGUAAAAGCACCAUCACCACCCAAGGAUCAGCCAGCUAUUUAUCCAUGCUUUGAUUGGUCGACUGUGCAGGCAUAUUAUGGCCCAGGGGUCUUGCCACCAGCUUUCUUUAACCCUGGAAUAGCGCCUGGUCAUGCCCCUCCACCAUAUGUGUGGGGUCCGCAGACUAUGCCACCGGCUGCCUUUGGAAAAUCAUAUGCUGCAAUAUACCCACAUGCUGGUGGUUUCCUGCAUCCACUCAUGCCCCUAGUGGUAAACCCAUUGAGUGCGGAGCCAGCUAAGUCUGGGAACAGCAAGGAUAAUAGUUUAAACAAGAAACUAAAGGAAAUUGAUGGAUCUGCUGUGUCAAGUGGCAACAGUGAGAAAACAAGUGGGGAUCACAGCCUAGAAGGAUCCAGCGAUGGAAACAACCCAAAGGUCAGCGGAACUCCAAAGAAGAGGAGCUUAGAUGAUAGGACUACAUCAGAAACAUGUGGGGAAUCAGGAAGAUUGCCAGCUUUGUCCAGUGUGCGCAUUCCAGACACAAUGAUGAAACCAUGUGUGAGCACCGGUAGUGACUUCAAAGUUAGUGGUGCGACAUCAACCGAAUGGCCAGCUAAGGACGACAAGGAAUCGAAGCGUGAAAGGAGGAAGCAGUCAAACAGGGAAUCUGCCCGGCGCUCAAGGCUGAGGAAGCAGGCUGAGACUGAAGAACUGGCUAGAAGAGUAGAGCUACUGACCGCGGAGAACACGUCCCUCCGAAGCGAGAUCAGCAGGCUAACGGAAAGCUCCCAGAAGCUAAGGAUGGAGAACUCGGCUCUGAUGGAGAAACUAGCGGACGGUACAUCAGACCAAGCACAAGAAGCUUCCGCCGGCCACCAGACGACACCAACGGCGCCAUCGUCGGCUCGCGUCGUCAAGAACUUCCUCUGGAUGAUGGAUGGCGAAGGCGCGUCAAGAGGCGGCAGCGGCAGCAGCAGCCGGCGCAGGGAUCACGGUGCGCCCAUGCUCCGCCAGCUCCUGAGCUCGGGUCCUCUGGCGGCUGACGCCGUGGCCGCUAGCUGAUCAGUGCCGUGCUUCCCUUGUGCCGAGCGCGUGUGGACUGGCGAUUUUUUUAAAAGAGCGCACAAGCCGCCACGCACGGACGACCUGUAAAUUACAGUAGCUAUGCCUAUGUAUGGGGCAUCGUUCCGGCCGCUCUGCUGAGAGCCGAUAUACGGAUCCCAUCACUGAGCUUUGGUAACUCUCUGUCGACUGUCGUUAGAGUGGUUGUGCCAAACUGAAUCAACUGACACGAUUCAGCAGUACUAAUAAUAACCAUCAGGAGGUUUGCCUCUG